AUGAAGGCAUCCACCUCGACACCCUCAUCCGAACACAAUGACUUCCAAUCAAGAGAGGUUACUUUUACAGAAACACUCAAAGCACUCGGAGUGAAUCACAAAGCCCACAUGAUAGCCUUAUGUGGGAUGGGCGGAGUAGGGAAGACAACAAUGAUGCAAAGGCUGAAGAAGGAAACUAUAGCAUAUUACCUUAAUGUAGACCUCGGCGAAAAAAAUAGUUCGGUAAGAGCUGAUAAGCUUCGUCGAGGGUUCAAGGCCAAAUCAGAUGGAGGUAAGAAUAAGUUCCUCAUAGUAUUGGAUGAUGUACGACAGACUGUUGAUCUCGAAGAUAUUGGUUUAAGUCCUUUGCCAAAUCAAGGUGUCGACUUCAAGGUCCUGUUAACAUCACGAGACAGACAUGUUUGCACUAUGAUGGGGGUUGAAGGUAAUUUGAUUCUCCAUGUGGGACUUCUAAUAGAUUCAGAAGCACAAAGAUUAUUCUGGCAGUUUGUAGAAACAUCUGAUCAUGAGCUCCAUAAGAUAGGAGAAGAUAUUGUAAGGAAGUGUUGCGGACUACCCAUUGCCAUCAAAACCAUGGCGUGUACUCUGAGAGAUAAAAGAAAGGAUGCAUUGUCUCAUUUAGAGCACCAUGACAUUGACAAUGUUGUGUCUAAAGUUUUUAAAACGAGCUACGACAACCUCCAAGAUGAGGAGACUGAAUCCACUUUUUUGCUUUGUGGAUUGUUUCCGGAUGAUUUCAAUAUUCCUACUGAGGAGUUGGUGAAGUAUGGAUGGGGAUUGAAAUUCUUUAAAAAAGUGUAUACCAUAGGAGAAGCAAGAAUCAGACUCAACACAUGCAUUGAGCGGCUCAUCCAUACAAAUUUGUUGCUUGAAAGUGAUGAUGUUAGAUGCGUCAAGAUGCACAAUUUGGUCCGUUCUUUUGUUUUAGGUAUGUAUUAUGAAGUGGGGCAUGCUUCAAUCGUCAACCAUGGUAAUACACUAGAGUUUCAUGCGGAUGAUACAAAUGACUCUUGUAAAAGACUUUCAUUAACAUGCAAGAGUAUGUCCGAAUUUUCUAGAGAACUCAAAUUUCCAAACCUAACCAUUUUGAAACUUAUAGAUGGAGAUAAGUCGUUGAGGUUCCCCCAAGACUUCUAUAAAGAAAUGGGAAAGCUCCAGGUUAUAUCCUAUGAUAAAAUGAAAUAUCCAUUGCUUCCUUCAUCCCCUGAAUACUUCGCCAACCUUCGAGUGUUUCAUCUCCAUCAAUGCUCCUUAAGGAUGUUUGAUUGCUCUUGUAUUGGAAAUUUGUCGAGUCCAGAAGUGCUCAGCUUUGCUGAUUCUGACAUUGACCGGUUACCUUCCAUAAUCGGAAAUUUGAAGAAGCUAAGGCUACUGGAUUUGUCAAAUUGUUAUGAGCUCUAUAUGAGAGUGGUUGAUCGAGAUCGAAAGGCGAUUAGUCUCACAGAUGAUAACUGCAAUGAGAUGGCAGAGCGUUCAAAAGAUCUUUCUGCAUUAGAACUUGAGUUCUAUGAUAACAAUGUUCAACCGAAGAAUACGUCAUUUGAGAAGCUCCAAAGAUUCCAGAUCUCAGUGGGGCGCUAUUUAUAUGGAGAUUCCAUAAAGAGCAGGCACUCGUAUGAAAACACAUUGCAGUUGGUUAUUGACAAAGGUGAAUUAUUAGAAUCUCGAAUGAACAUGUUGUUUAAGAAAACAGAGGUACUAUGUUUAAGUGUGGGAGAUAUGAACGAUCUUGAAGAUGUUGAGGUUAAGUCCUCCUCACAACCUCUUCAGUCCUCUACAUUCUACAAUUUAAGAGUCCUUGUCGUUUCAGAGUGUGCAGAGUUGAAACACCUCUUUACACUUGGUGUUGCAAGAACUUUAAAAAAGCUUGAGCAUCUUGAAGUUUAUGAAUGUCAUAAUAUGGAAGAAGUCAGAUGCACCGGGGGUAGUGAAGAAGAGACAAUUACGUUCCCCAAGCUGAAGUUUUUAUCUUUGUGUGGGCUACCAAAGCUAUCAGGUUUGUGCGAUCAUGUCAAAAUAAUUGUGCUACCACAACUCAUGGAGUUGAAACUUGACGGCAUUCCAGGUUUCACAAGCAUAUAUCCCGUGAAAAAGUCUGAAACAUCUAGUUUGUUGAAGGAAGAGGUUCUGAUUCCCAAGUUAGAGAAACUGCAUGUUAGUAGUAUGUGGAAUCUGAAAGAGAUAUGGCCUUGUGAAUUUAGUACGAGUGAGGAAGUUAAGUUGAGAGAGAUUGAUGUGAGAAAUUGUGAUAAGCUUGUGACUCUAUUUCCAUGCAAUCCCUUGUUUACGUUGCGUAAUCUUGAAGAGCUUAAAAUCGAGAACUGUGGUUCCAUUGAAUUGUUAUUCAACAUCAACUUGGAUUGUGCUAGUGCAAUUGGAGAAGAAAACAAUAGCAGCAACUUAAGAAGCAUCAAAGUGGAGAAUUCUGAGAAGCUAAGAGAGGUGUGGAGGAUAAAAGGUGCAGAUAACUCUCAUCCCCUUGUGCGUGGCUUUCAAGCUGUUGAAAGCAUAAGCAUUCAAGGAUGUGAAAGUUUUAGAAAUGUUUUCACACCUACCGCCACCAAUUUGGAUCUGGGGGCACUUUUGGUGAUUUCAAUAGAAAACUGCGGAGAAAACACAGGAAAUGACGAAUCGGAAGAGAAUAUCCAAGAGCAAGAGCAGAGUCAGGAAGAGACAUUACAAGAAGUCACUGAUACUAAUAUUUCUAGUGUUGUAUUCCCAUCUGGUCUCCUACACUCUUUUCAUAACCUCCGUAUGCUUACAUUGGAUAAUUAUGAAGGAGUGGAGGUGGUGUUUGAGAUAGAGAGUGAGAGUCCAACAAGUAGAGAAUUGGUAACAACUCACCAUAACCAACAACAACCUAUUAUACUUCCCAACCUCCAGGAAUUAGUUCUAUGGGAAAUGGACAACAUGAGUCAUGUGUGGAAGUGCAAGAAUUGGAAUAAAUUCUUCACUCUUCCAAAACAACAAUCAGAAUCCCCAUUCCACAACCUCACAACCAUAACUAUUAUGUUUUGCAGAAGCAUUAAGAACUUGUUUUCGCCUCUCAUGGCAGAACUUUUUUCCAACCUAAAGAAAGUCCAUAUAGAGUUUUGUGAUGAUAUUGAAGAGUGUAUUGGUGGAGGUGGUGCCAAGGAAGGGAGUAAUGAAAUAUCUUUGAACAAUACCACUGCAACUACCGAUCAAUUUGAGGUGUUGUUUCUUGGAGCUUAUGCCAAUGCUCUAGAGAUAUAAGUAUACAAAACUGCCAUGCAUUGUCAAUUGUGAUUCCAUGUUAUGCAGCAGGACAAAUGCAAAAGCUUCAAGUGCUGAGAAUAUGGUCUUGUCAUGGGAUGAAGGAG